CUUUUGCGGCUGGGCUCGUUCUACUCUAACUAACCCAAGCUUCCAACGAAUUCCUACUCCUUCCAACUGCUUGACAAAUCGACGGAACAAUCAACAAGUCGUUGCGUUUUCUUUACGAUAAUUCGUACCGCACAAGUGCAAACACGCAUUUGCCCUUUGAAUUUGCCCUUUGCAUUUGAACUUGCGACGCACCUCCCAAUCCCUCAAGCAACAUCCCGCGAGCCCGCUUAGGUCCCCCACCUCGUCCUCAUAUUUCAACCCCAGGGCCCAAAAUGCCCGAUUUCAAGCUUUCAGCCCAGCUGAAGGGCCAUUCUGGUGAUGUUCGCGCCGUGUCCUUUCCGGCGGCCAACGUCGCCCUCUCCGCCUCUCGAGAUCACACAGUUUGCCUCUGGCGUAAAACAGCGGACAAGCCCCCAGCAUUUGAACCUACCGUGGUGAACCGUGGCCAUGGCUUCAUGAACUCACUGACGUUCAUGCGGCCGUCGUCAAAAAACCCCGACGGCCUCAUCAUCUCCGGAGGUCAAGAUCCCAUUAUCGACGUAAAGAAAGCAACAGCCAACGAGUCCCAAAAUGCCGAGCACCUCCUUGUGGGACACGGGAAUAAUGUAUGCGCCCUUGACGCAUCCCCGAAAGGCACAUGGGCCGUAUCUGGGAGCUGGGACGGCAGAGCCAUUGUCUGGAUGGCCGAUACGUGGCAGCCGUCCAAGGAGCUCCUUCAUUUGGGUGGUGAUGCGAGGAGUGUCUGGGCUGUCCUGGCAUAUGACGAGAACAUCGUCAUCACUGCUAGUGCAGACACAAAUAUUCGCAUCUUCGAUCUACGGAAAGCGAAUAAUACCAACGAGGUUGCCCCAGUACGGACCCUGUCUACUGACGCUGUUGUGCGCGCCCUCUGCAAGCUUCCCAGUGGCUUCAAAGGACAUCCCAGUGGCGCUGACUUUGCGAGUGCUGGUAACGACAAUAUCAUUCGGCUAUGGAAGUUGAAUGGUACAGAAGUCGGCACCUUGCAUGGCCAUGAGAGCUUCAUCUACUCUCUUGCCAGCUUGCCGGAGACUGCCGAGAUUGUCAGCUCGGGAGAAGACCGAACCCUUCGAAUCUGGAGAGGCUCAGAGUGCAUUCAAACAAUAACCCACCCCGCCAUUUCUGUGUGGUCUGUUGCUGUAUGCCCAGAAAAUGGGGACAUCAUUUCGGGCGCUAGCGAUAACGUGGUUCGAAUAUUCUCACGCAGUUCUGAGCGUACAGCAGACCCCGACGUCAUCGCCCAUUUCGAGGAAUCGGUCCGAGCAUCCGCAAUACCGCAACAGCAGCUCGGAGAAUCAAUAAACAAGGAGAAGCUCAACCCCAAGAGCUGGCUUGUGACUCACUUAGGCUCAAAGGAUGGACAGGUAGUGACGGUCAAGGAGGACGAUGGCAGCAUCGGCGCGUACCAGUGGUCAUUAGGCCAGCAACAAUGGAUUCAUGUCGGCACAGUCGUGGAUAACACCGGCAGCAGUGGUGUGAAGGUUAUAUAUAACGGAAAGGAAUACGAUUAUGUAUUCGACGUUGACAUUGAAGAGGGCAAGCCGACUCUCAAGUUGCCAUACAACCUAGCACAAAACCCAUACGACGCGGCGACCAAAUUCCUCAACGACAACGAUCUCCCCAUGACCUACAUUGAAAGCGUUGCUAGGUUCAUUACAGAAAACACCAAAGGAGCUACGAUCGGCCAGACCACGGAAGCGCCGUCUGACGAUCCGAUGGGGACUGAGUCUCGAUACAGGCCGGGUGAAUCUGCUCCGACUGUAAAGAAAGCACUGCCGCAUACCGUCUACGUUGCCCUGACCCAAGCCAGGCUAGAACCAGCCACGAAGAGGCUCAAAACCGUUAAUGAGAGGCUCGGAAAAGCAGGACAUAAGGAUAUCAUUUUGAAUCCCGAUGGCGAAGCGAGCCUAGAUGCGCUCCGUGAAAUUCUGACUAGGGCAGGGACGGAGACCAAGCUGGGGUCCCCAGCUGCGAAUCUCAAGGGAUUCGAGACGAUUCUUUUCGUCGUCAUAACGCAAUGGCCAUACGCCGACAGGCUUCCGGGUCUCGACCUACUUCGGUGCCUGUCGGUAUUCCCUAGUGCUGCCUCGUCCGCACAUCACAGGCUUGGCAACUUGAUAUCUGUUGCGUUGAGAAGCGCGCUCGACACGGACGCCCCUGUUGAUUCAGACACGACGAUAGCCGAACUCGUCAACAAGACAGAUUCGGCGCAACUGAAUCCCAACGUCGUCAUGAUGUCACUGCGUGUAGUGGUUAAUCUUUUCAGCACCGAGCCAGGCAGGAAACUCGUCUUGGGGGAAGCACGGGACGUCCUCCGCGUUAUGGGGCGAAUUGUUGGUCUUGAUGGCCAAGCCCCAAUCGGCACCGAAAACGUCAAUCUCCAGAUUGCUCUAACAUCGGCGGCUUUCAACUACGCUUGCAUGGCAUACAAUGAGCGAACGAAGGCGCUUGUUGAUCCCAGCUCCCUUGGCCAGCUGUGCAAGAUUCUCGAAAGAGUUGUCAGCAAGCAGAGCGACUCAGAGGUUUUAUUCCGGUCCCUCAUGGCCGUCGGUAUGAUACUUGUGGCAGGAAGUCAACCGAGAGAGCUGGCAAAAAGUCUGGGUGUCCAAAAGUGGAUUUCAGAAGCAGGCAAGAAGGCGACUGAAGCGCGUGUCACCGACCUUGCGAAGGAAUGCACAGCUUAUUUGUGAUAGAGAGGUUUGCGAUCACGCGAUGGACUAUUAAUUGUAUAUAAUUUUGCGAAAGCAGUCUCACAUUGAUGGCUGUCGAUGUCUAGCUAGUUACAUAUUUGAUUUGCAGAUAGAAGAGGUGAAUGCCGGGGCAUACGCUAUUUCCCAUGUAUCUCUUAAGAAAGAGAACAAAAAGCUGCUUACUUCAAUGUGGUUACCGUCUUGAACGGUACCGGAAUCUAAAAACGCGUUCGUCCCCACCCGAGAAAGCAGAGUUACCCGGUCUUUAAUCCUUCUAUAGCAUUGGAAACCCCAGGCCAUAUUCGUAGAAUAAUAUGGACAAGUUCUCAAGGUUAUAUGUCACGUUGAGGAUUUCCAGGGAAAGCGUGAAUGUGGCACAGUUUCAAGCUCGUGUCCGCCCCAGUUCCUUGGGUACUGAUAAUAGGGAGACAAAUGUUCA